GUUCGACGACCAGCGGGCGUGCCGCCUGGUGCCUCUCGUGUCAGAGUGCUUUUCUCCGCUGCCGCAGUUCCGCCCUCAUCCACUUCCAUCUUCUCUUCUCCUUGAAUUGCCGAUGGGCCAAUUGGAAGGCAACUUUCACUGGGCUUGGCAAAUUGCACUGCAGUCUUGUUUCUGAUUCAUGGUUGGGCCAUUUCCUUUCGGUUUUCUCUCGAUGACUCCCAGAGUGACCGACCAACUCUUUUAUGCCCAUACCGGCCCUCUUGUACGCAUAUGUACCUUGCCAGAGUUUCUUCCGUCCCCACCCGCCUUUCGUGAAUUGCGGCUUGUCCGUGCGAACCGUGGUGUGCACAUCUGCAGAAUGUUUAUACUCUGCUCAGUGCUUACGCAUGGCUUGAUGACAGCCAAAAGUUACCACGGAUCACUUCUUUCGUCAGUGAUCAGUCGUUAUCAGCAGCUGCUUCACAUCCGAAGCAGUCCAGCAUGUCGCCAAGCACAGAAAGGGGCGCGCUGCUCAAUUGGGCCACGGACUCGCAGAAAAGAGCUCAUCGCCUUCUUGGUGGCCCGGCCGCUGCGACGGACCACCUCACAAGAAUACAUACGUGCGCAUCCAUACGUCGCCAACAAACUAGUUCCGUGUCAGAUUACUUUAAUGUUUCCCGUACUGGGUUCUAGCUCAGCUGAUGUGCACAUGACUCGUCGACAUCAAACCUAUUUAUUUAUGUUCGCCACCAUGGUGGCGAGUCGCUUUCCAUGCAUCUGACAAGCCGCGCCACCAAUAGCAUGUGUUAUGAGCAUGAGCCCAUUUGGGUGGAAUCUCUCCCGUUUGGGUAAUCCAGUGGUAAUCCCCGCACCCAAGCCCGCCGCUUGCACG